UCUAUAAAAACCAUCAAACACGAAGACACAGUCGUUAAGAUCCAAAAAGAAAAAGAAAAAGAAAAAAAAUGAUGAAGUCUUUGGUUUGUCUCUCGCUCAUCCUCCUCCCUCUCAUCGCCGUCGUGGAAGGCAAUCUCGGCGGGUGGAAGAAGAUCGACAACUUAUCGGAUCCGAACGUGGUUUCGCUCGCGAAGUAUGCGGUUGAUGAGCAUAACAAGCAGUCGAAAGCGAAUCUGGUGUUCGUGAAGAUAGUCGAGGGGAAGGAGCAAGUGAUCAACGGAAAAAAGUACGAUCUGAAGAUUGCGGCUAAGGAUGGUGGUGGUGUGACGAAGAACUACGAGGCCGUGGUGGUGGAAAGGGUGUGGGCUCAUUACAGAAGUCUUGAGUCUUUCCAGGCGGUGUAGAUCUGAUUUGGAAUCUUGAUCUGAUAUCUAUCUAGGUUUCUAUGAUUUUGAGAUUUUGACAUUAUAUGUUGUUGUUUUUGUAAUAAAAUGUCUUCUUGAGAUUCAAUAAAAAGAUGUGUGUUACGAAAA